AUGGCCUUGGACGAGGAAGAAAAGCAGUAUGCGACCGGCGGCAUGACGCUAGAGGAACUGGAUGAGAAGUACCCCAACCGGCCGCGCAAUCAUUCGCAGACAAUGCGCUUUUCGGAGCUAUUCAAAAGUCUCUUCAAUCCGCUCAAUGAAAACAAGAAGCAGCCAGCCGGCCGUGGUCCUCCUCGCGCCAAGAAGGGACCACACGGCCCCACCAAGUUAUCGCCGCAGGAGCAACGCCGACACAUCAUCGAGCGCUUCAUCUCCAGAUGGCGGAACGAGGUGGGAAACGACAUUUAUCCGGCCUUCCGGCUGAUUAUGCCUGACAAAGACCGAGAUCGCGGCAACUACGGCCUGAAAGAGAACGCCAUAGGAAAGCUUCUCGUCAAGCUCAUGAAGAUCGACAAGAAUUCGGACGACGGAUACAGCCUACUCCACUGGAAGCUACCCGGCAACACUGCUGCGUCGCGCUUGGCUGGCGACUUUGCUGGCCGGUGCUUCGAGGUCCUCUCCAAGCGACCGAUGCGAACCGAGGUUGGCGACAUGACAAUCGCCGAGGUCAACGAAUUGCUGGACAAAUUGGCCGCCUCGACGGGAGAACUGGAGAAUCUGGAGGUCUUUGAAGUCUUCUACGAGCGCAUGAACGCGGAGGAGCUGAUGUGGCUGAUCCGCAUCGUUCUGAAGCAGAUGAAGGUCGGCGCGACCGAAAGAACCUUUCUCGGUCUCUGGCAUCCGGACGGCGAGGCGCUAUUCAGCGUCUCAUCUAGCCUGCGGCGCGUCUGCUGGGAACUCUACGAUCCUGAGGCCCGUCUAGAGCAGGAGGAUACAGGUGUCUGUCUCAUGCAGUGCUUCCAGCCGCAACUCGCACAGUUCCAGAUGCCCUCUUCUUUCCAGAAGAUGGUCGACUACCUCCGUCCAACGGAAGAGGACCCCGAAUUUUGGAUUGAAGAGAAAUUGGACGGCGAGCGCAUGCAGAUGCACGUCACGCAAGACUCGAGUGUCCCGGGCGGGUGGCGCUUUUGUUUCUGGUCCCGCAAGGCGAAAGAUUAUACAUACCUGUACGGCAAUGGCCUCAGGGACGAGAAGGGGGCAUUGACCCGCCACCUGGGAGACGCUUUCGCGACUGGGGUACGAAACCUCAUCUUGGACGGAGAGAUGAUCACCUGGGACCCAGAGGUCGAUAAGAUUAUGCCUUUCGGGACUCUCAAAACCGCCACACUGGCCGAGCAGAACAAUCCAUACAACAAUUCCGGUCCGCGCCCACUCUACCGCGUCUUUGAUAUCCUGCUACUAAAUGACAAGCCACUGACCCAGUACACGCUGCGAGAUCGCCGCCUAGCUUUGUCCAAAGCAGUAAAGGGUGUACACAGGAGGCUGGAGAUCCAUGAGUACGAAGUCGCCACCUCGCCGGACGCCAUCGAACCGCUCCUUCGCAAGGUUGUCGCCGAGGCAUCGGAAGGCCUGGUCCUGAAAAACCCGAGAUCCAUGUACAGACUCAACAGCCGCAACGACGACUGGCUCAAGGUGAAACCCGAGUACAUGUCCGAGUUCGGCGAGUCGCUGGAUUGUGUCGUUAUCGGCGGCUACUACGGCUCGGGUCGCAGAGGCGGCGCCCUUUCCAGCUUCUUGUGCGGCCUCCGGGUCAGCGAAAACCAUAUCCAGGCCGGAGCCAACCCAGAGAAGUGUUUCAGCUUCUUCAAAGUGGGCGGUGGUUUCUGCGCAAACGAUUACGCCGAGAUCCGCCACCGGACAGACGGCAAGUGGCUGCAGUGGGACACAAGAAAGCCGCCGGUGGAAUACAUCGAGCUCGCCGGCGGCGACCGGCAGUUUGAGAGGCCCGAUGUCUGGAUCCGACCGCGCGACUCAGUUGUCGUGGAGGCCAAGGCGGCGAGCAUCGGCAGCUCGGACCAGUUCUCACUAGGCUUCACCCUGCGGUUUCCCCGUUUCCGCCGCUUGAGGACGGACAAGAACUGGGACGACGGGCUCAGCGUGCAGGAGUUCCUGGACCUCCGCAAGCGGGUCGAGGAGGAGGCCAAGGAGAAGACCAUGAGCGUCGAGAACCGCAAGCGAAAGUCGGUGAAGCGCGUCAAGCGCGAGGUGACGAUCGCAGGGACGGAGAACUUGCCGGUGCAGUUUGAGGGGCAGAAGUCGAAGCUCUUUGACGGCCUCGAGUUCUGCGUCUUGUCGGAGUCGCUCAAGCCGUUCAAGAAGACCAAGGCUCAGCUCGAGACGUUGAUCGAGGAGCACGGGGGACGGAUCUCGCAGCGCGCGGUGCCCCGGUCCAACAUGAUCCUGGUGGCCGACAAAAAGGUGGUCAAGGUGGCAAGCCUGCUCAAAGAAGGACAGAAUAACGGCGGCGUCGACAUCAUCAAACCGAAGUGGAUACAGGACUGUCUCGAGCAGGCCGAUAAGUCCCUGUUGCUACCGUACGAGGAACAACACCUGUUACACGCAACGGAGGCGCUCAAGACGGUCGCUUUACAGAAUACGGAUAUGUACGGCGACAGUUACGCCCGGGAUAUCAGCCUGGACGAGCUCCGGGCGAUAUUCAAGAGCAUGCCCAAGCGAGAGCCAGACACAGAGCCCUUUGAUAAAGGGCAGUUUGUGAACCAGCUGUUGGAGCGCGGCCAUGACAUGGGGCAGCUGAGAGGGUUCUUGUUCCACCGGUGCAUCGUGUACCUACAUGACGCCGACAGCGAAGGCGAAGGGGAUGAUACCAAGAUGCUCAAGUUUAGAAACUAUCUAACGUUUGGCGGUGCUCGGUUGGUGAGCGAUGCGGACGACGAAGCUGCCACGCAUAUAGUGCUUAUAGGAACGGGUGACCGGCUCAAGGAGGCCGCCAAGGGUCUUCGUCGACAAGUCAGCAAUCGGCGGAGGAUUCCGUACAUUGUCACUGGGGCGUGGGUCGAGGACUGCUGGCGCGAGAAAACAUUGCUGGACGAGGAGAGAUACGGUCGCAUAUGA